AUGUCGCAAAACUCACCGUCGUGGUGGUUUCGAAAGAUCUCCCAGCACGGCGCGACGACGACGACGGACGGCGGCGGCUUUGGCGCUUCGAAUACAACGAGUAAACAACCUCGGCACCACCACCACCAUAAGCAGCAGCACUACGAUGAUAACCGGAGCGAAAGUCAUCGCGAAGAAGACAAAAGAGGAGAACACAUCAUCGACAGAGAAAAUCCCCUAGGAGCGUCUUCCACGGAAUACGUUUCCAAGGAAGACUUGGGAAGAGCGACGUGGCUUCUGUUGCAUUCGAUAGCUUCGCAGUACCCGGACGAACCGACGGAAAGAGAGAAGAGAGACGCGAAGAAUUUAAUCAACGCCAUGGCGACUUUAUAUCCGUGCAAAGAGUGUCAGACGCACUUUAAGACGGUUAUUGAGAGAAAUCCUCCCGAGGUGGACAGUUCGGUGAGCUUUCAGGAGUGGAUGUGUAAAGUGCACAACGCGGUGAACGAAAAAUUAGGAAAGGAACUAUUCGACUGCGCGAAAAUAGACGAGAGAUGGGGUGGAGUGGAGUGUUUUGGGGAGGACGGGAACGACGGUGGAUGUAGCUUUGAGAACGCGCCGGGGAAACGGAAACGUCUUGCAGGGCGGCGCUAG